UCCUUCCCGCGGCGCUCGAGGGACCAUGGCCGAUCCUCGCCUGAGGCAGAUCAAGAUCAAAACCGGCGCGGUGAAGCGAUUGGUCAAAGAAAAAAUGAUGUAUGAAAAAGAAGCAAAACAACAAGAAGAAAAGAUUGAAAAACUGAAAGCCGAAGAUGGUGAAAAUUAUGCUAUUAAAAAGCAGGCGGAGAUCCUGCAAGAGUCCCGCAUGAUGAUCCCAGAUUGCCAGCGCAGGUUGGAAGCUGCAUACAGUGACCUUCUGCAAUUAUUAGAGAGUGAAAAAGACUUGGAAGAAGCUGUGGAAUAUAAGGAGGCACGUGUAGUACUGGAUUCAGUGAAGUUAGAAGCCUGAAGUUUUUCUGUACAGGGUGUUUUUGCAUUAAAUCCUGGGAUCCAUUCCACAAUUCAUUAUUUUUGACCACUGCUGUGUGUUCAGGUAGUAUGAGAAUGUGAUUCUUCUUAUGCAGUGCAUAUAUUUUUCUUUGCCUAAUUUAAUGUGUCAAAUAAAUGAGUUCAUCUAAAAAAAAAAAA